AUGAUUGAUAAGUGGUCCUUAUGCGACAAUGCAGAGCAAAGAUGUGCCUUUACAAUUAUUACUGAACACAUGCUACAGGAUGACCUGCAACAGCUGCUUAUAUUUCUGACAAGAAUUGGGGGGUCUGGGAAGAGCCAUGUCAUCUGGGCAGUUGUUGACACCUUUAUGCAGUGA